AGGCCAGGGGCGGGCCGGAGAGGAGAGUCGGGCGGGGCCGACGGUCAGUAGCUCUCGAUGUCUCAGAACUCGCUGCCCGCCGCUGCCACGGGCGCCGAGCUGGGCAUGGAGCCCCCCGGGGCUGCCGCCGAGACCCCAAUAGAGCGGGAGAUCCGUCAGAGCCAGGAGCGCGAAGCGAGCCUGCGACGGAGCCGGGGUUUGAGUCCUAGCUUCGCCAGUGGGGAGCUGGUGGAGCUGCGCCUCCGGCCCAUCCUUAGCUUGCUGCCGGGACCGGGGCCUGGACUGCCCCGGGACGUGGAGCGCGCCCGAGCAGGCGCCCAGAUGCAGCGCGACAUCGCGCGGGAAGCGCGCCGGGAGGAGGCGCUGGUGCGCCUGGGCUCGGGGCCCUGCAGCGGCCAGGAGAGCGGCCAGGGGCCGCAGUCGCUGAGCGAUCGCAAGAUGGUUUUUGAGGCUGGGGGCGCGCCUUCUCGGGUAGAGACGGUGGGCCGGGGCCCUUCGUUCACUGAGGCCAGUGGCGCCGCCCACGUGGUGGUUCUGGAGCAUCGCAGCCGGCUUCGGCCACCAGUUCUAGCUCAGGCUCCUACUCCUGCUCCCGUUGCAGCAACGGCUCCGGCCCGAAACUCCGCUCCAGCAGUUGCCCGGACGCCAGACCUGGCCCCGGCCCCGGCCCCGGCCCCGGCCCCGGCCCCGGCUCCUGUCCUGGCCCCGGCCCCGGCUCCGGCUCCUGCCCUGCCCCCGGCCCCACGUGCCCCGGCCCCGGCUUCAGCCUCUGCAGUGAGCGCACCGAUCCCGGCUCACACUUCGGAAACAGCUCCAGGUGCUCGGCCUCCGGUCCCGGUCCCAGCUGUGGCCCCGGCCCCAGAUCUAGCUUUGGCCCAGGCCCCCACAACGACCCCCUCCCCCGCUACGGCUCCGACUCCGACCCGUCGAGUCCAGUUGUCGCUGCUAGAGCAGGAGGUCCAAGAAGUUCACCAGAGGGAGCGGGAGCUGCAGCGCCAGAGACGCAGCAUCUAUGGGACCUCAGAGUUCAAGGAGCCGACCCCGAGUCUCACCGAGAGCACACCUUCUGGAAAGCUUUCAGUGGUAUGGCCCCCUCGACGGAACUCGGAAAACGGCCUAGAGCAGGAUUACCGUGGUAGUGCCUGGUCCGUUAAUAAAGGGAAGAAGAUCUUGAUCCACACUGGGGAGUCCCUCAGCCAGGAGGAGUAACUGGUCACCUGUCCCUUCUCUCUCAUUAACCUGGACUGAAGAGCCUUAAUUGGUUACACCUUCUCUCCACUAGCCCUAGCUAGGGGAGCCUUAAUUAGUUACAUUCCCCUUAAAUACUUCCUUCACUAACCCUGACUGGGAGUUCUGAUUAGUUACACCGUCAUCCUUCUGGCUAAAUCUGGCUGGGGGGUUUUGAUAAGGCACCUGUCCUCAAUGCUGCUGUGGCCCCCUAACCCAUCCUGGAGGGAGACAGAAUGCCUUCUUCCCCUGUCCUCUCUGGGAAACUGACCAGCCCAUACCCAGGCCUCUGACUGUUACAUGGCUGGGGGAGAGGGAACCUUCUUCAAUUUUCUCUGCUCACUGUGCCAUUAAUAAACACCCCUUCUUUCAA